AUGUCGAAAGUCAUUCGGAGCGUCAAAAAUGUCACCAAGGGCUACUCCAGCGUCCAAAUCAAAGUGCGCGAAGCGACCAGCAACGAUCCAUGGGGCCCGACGGGGACACAGAUGAGCGAGAUCGCUCAGAUGACUUUCAACUCGUCAACCGAGUUCUACGAAAUCAUGGAUAUGCUUGACAAGCGGCUCAACGACAAGGGCAAGAAUUGGCGACACGUCCUCAAGGCGCUCAAGGUCACCGACUAUUGCUUGCACGAAGGGUCGGAGCUCGUCGUCACGUGGGCGAAGCAGAACAUAUUCAUCAUCAAGACGCUGCGCGAGUUCCAGUACAUUGACGAAGAUGGCAGGGAUGUUGGUCAGAACGUUCGCGUUGCGGCCAAGGAGCUGACGUCGCUGAUCUUGGACGACGAGCGACUACGCGCGGAGCGAAGCGACAGAAAGAGCUGGAAGUCCCGCGUCAACGGUCUGGAGGAAUACGCUCCUCAGUAUAACCAAGGCCAACGCAGUGAUUCCCAGCGACCGCGCCCCAUGCGGGCGCAGUACAGCGACGAAGAGGAUGCCGAGUACAAGUUGGCGAUCGAGGCCAGCAAGUACCAGGAGGAGGAAGACAGGAAAAAGCGUGAGAGCCGGGCCGUCGAUGAGGAGGACGACGACCUCGCAAAGGCCAUCAAGCUCAGCAAGGAAGAGGAGGAGCGGCGCCGGCGAGAGCUGGAGGAGACCAAUGCGACGUCGCUGUUCGAUGACGAGCUGGUGCAGACCGGUCAGCCUCAGUACACCGGUUUCAACCAGGGUUACCAACAAGGGAGUGCGGUCGAUUUCUUUGCGAACCCGAUUGACCAGAGCCAGAUGCAGGUCCAACCAACCGGCUACAUCAAUAACGCAUACACGGGGUUCCCGGCGCAGGCGACGGGCUACGCGAAUGGCUACACCAACGGGUUCGGCCAGCAACAGACAGCUUUCGAUGCGUUUGGCCAGCAACAACAGCAGCAGAUACCGCAGCAGAUAUUCCAGCCCCAGCCUACCGGCUACAACCCCUACAUGCAGCAACAACAGCAGCCCCAGCAGCAACAGUUCAUGCAGCCGCAAAUUCAGGAACCUACCCUGUCCCCCCUACCGGCAGGGACUAACAAUCCCUGGGCCAGCAACAGCAGCCUGCAAUCCCUCAAGCCCACGCCAACCGGCUCGAACAACCCGUUCGCCCAGCGCCCGUCUACCGGAUACAAGGCGCAGUCCAUGACUAACCUUGGCACUCUGCCCGAGCAAAAGACGCUUUCCACGUUCCAGCCGCAACAGCAACAGUCCCUGUCCCCAUUCAGCAUCAUGCAGCAGCAGUCCCAACCGCAAAUCCAGCAGCAACAACAGCAGCAGCAGCAACAGCAACAGCAGCAGCCGCAAAAAGAACUGACGGAGCACGAGGCGCGGCUCAACGCGCUCCUCGCCAGCAGCGAUGGCAUGGACACGUUCGGCAAUACGGGCAACCUGCGCAUUCCGGCGCAGCACACGGCCCCGGGCGUGUUUGUCAACAGCGCCGGCGCGGGUUUGGGAAGGGUCACGGCCGACGCGACGGGGAAUAACCCCUUUUUGAGGCAGCAGUUCACCGGCAUGCCGGCUGUGUCGUAUCCUCAGCAGCAGCAGCAGGGCCAGCAGAUGCCCGCUGCUACGGGACCCGCGGGCAUGGGUAUUGGAAUGGGGAUGGGGGGUGGGGUGAAUAAUAAUAACCCGUUUGCGGUCAGGGGUCAGCAGCAGCAGCAGCAGGGGCAAGGGGAUUUGAUUCAGUUCUAG